CCAGUAAAAGAAGUUUCCAAGAUCCUACAGAAAGGCCUGCAAGAGUUCUGAGCCGUAGAAUGGUAGAAACUGAAGCAGACGCUCAAGAGCAAACAGGAAUUGAACACAGUGAAGACAAUAUAUGUUCAGAUAGCCUUCAAUUAAGUUCAGUGUUUGGGUCUAUUAAAGAGGAUGUGAAAGAACAAGUAAAUGGACUCUCCAAGGAGAUUGAACUUCGAGAUAUUAUCCCACCUGAGAAACUAAAGCCAGAUGUUGAGAAGGGGAAAGAGACAUUUGAAAGAGCAGACUUUGAAAAGGCUAUUGAACUUACUGGUUAUGGAAAAUUUCACUAUUUUCUUUUAGCAGUGUGUGGCUUUGUGAGUACAAGUGAAGAGAUGGAUGUUAUUUCUAUGUCCUUCAUCUUGCCAUCAGCACAAUGUGACCUGAAACUUAGUACACAAACAAAAGGAUGGCUCAACAGUAUCAUUUUUAUAGGAAUGAUGGUUGGUGCUUAUGCCUGGGGAUCUGUAGCAGAUUCCUUGGGACGAAAGAAGGUGUUAAUUGCAAUAUCAAUAAUGAAUGCAUUAUGCAUUGUAGCUUCAAGCUUUAGUCAAAACUAUGAAUUAUUUAUGCUCUUCAGAUUCCUAAAUGGAGCAGCCCUUGGUGGAAGCGGUCCAGUUAUUUGGUCUUAUUUCGCUGAAUUUCAACCCAAAGAUAAAAGAGGAGCCAUGUUGAGUUUCAUGGCAGCGUUCUGGACGCUAGGAAAUUUAUUUGUGGCAGGCAAACAUGAAGAAACUAUUAAUAUUUUCAGAAGGAUAUAUCAUUCAAAUACUGGAAAUCCGGAAGAUACAUAUCAAGUUAAAGAACUUAUCAUGGAUUUAUCAAUGAUAGAACCCAAAAAAGACAAAAGUAAAGAAUCAGGAGGAUGUUCAAAGUUCAAGCACAUGAUGAGUGAUGUUGGUAACAAUAGCAAGCAAUUGUUUAUACCUCCAAUAUUGAGAUUUACUUUGAUCUCCAUAAUAAUAAAUUUUACAUUCCACAUUGGAUACUAUGGUCUAAUGAUGUGGUUCCCAGAACUUUUCAAUCGCUUUGAUGAAUUCAAUCGAAUGCAUCCUGGUGAAGAAGCUUCAGUGUGUGAAGUGACGGAAUUUGUAGUUAGCACAGGCUCACAUUCAGAAGAUGGCCUUUGCUCAGAUACAAUUGAAAGCAAAGUUUUUAUGGAAUCAUUAAUUACUGUAGCUUCUGCCAUCCCUAGCAACAUAAUUGCAGUUUUAGGCAUGGACAGACUAGGAAGAAAGUUCUUCUUAGUUUUCAGUACUUUUACAUCUGGCCUUUGUGCAGUUGGAAUGUACUUUGUUUAUAAUUCCAAACACAAUCUCAUUGUAUCAGCUGUUUUCAGUAGUGUUAUAAGUUGUGGUAAUGCAGCUCUGGAUUGUCUAAUAACAGAAGUUUUUCCUACAAAUCUUCGGGCAACUGGUGUUGCAAUUUCAAUGGUUGCAGCUAGAUUGGGAGGAAUUAUUGGCAACAUAGUAAUAGCAACAUUGCUUGAUAUGUAUUGCCCAGCACCAACUUUCAUAGUGGCAGCUUUAUUGAUAGGAGGUGGACUCCUAUGUUUGUUCCUACCAAAUACUACCAGGGAGCCUCUUUCUUGACACCUACUCACAGAGGAACAUUUUAAAAGAAAUUAUGAUUGUCAAACAGAGUUGAUAAAUGAAUCAUUUUUUGAAAGAACAAACACCUCGUCAAUUAGUAGAUAUGGUAAUGAGGAACAUCUUUCUUGUAUUGCAACUGAAAGCUGCAACAUCAUUUGGCAUUGUCUUCUCCUUUGACAAUAUAAAUCUUUGUAUUAGCAAUUUUAAAUGCUAAACAUUGUUUUAAUUUUAUUUUAGAAAUGCUGGUAGUACAACACCAGUCAUGCAUAGAUUAUUGUAUAUAUUGCUCAUAGUUAAAUUAUUUUUAGCUUGUAAUGUUCAAAACAAUCAAUUAUCAUUUUUAGCAUAGUGAUAAAUAUCAUCCAUAAAUAAUUUCAUAAACACCACAAUUAGGAUUGUGGUAAAAUCAAAUGAAGACUGCAAAAUAAUGAAACUGUUUUGGAAUGAUGCCAUAUUUUAAUAAACAAAUACAUUGAAUGAACUAAGCUUAAAAGUUAACUAAACUCUUGAAUCAGCAGAAAAAAAAUGUAAAUGUUUACAUUGCCCUGUAUGAAAACUUGGAAAGAAAUUUGUGAUAUUGUGUGACACAAUAGAUAAUAGGUAUCUAAAUAAAGUCACAAACAAAAAUGUUGCAUUGCAACAAAAUUACAUAAAUAGGGUUUUCAUUGAGAACUUUAGGAAUUUUAGGGAUGCUCAAGGUAUUUCCAAAUAACCUAUUUCAUCAAUACUCUUCUGUUUAUAUUCUUGAAAUAAAAUCUAGACUGCUGAUUUAAUGUAUAAAUUUACAAGUACUGGGAGUUUGUAAGGAACAUUAGAAAUCUAUGAAUUAAUUUUUUUUUUAAUUUGGUUUAAAUUAGGCAAUUUAUACUAAAAUUUAACAAAAGCAAAUAGCCUCGUUUUUGUGAAACUGACUGGAAAAAAACUGAGGCACUUGAACCGACUCAUUUUCAGAUGCCAUUAAUGAAGUAGGUAUUAGUUAACAUAAUAUUAGUCAUUGUCAUUUUUAAUUGGUAUUUGCUAGUAUGUUUUUUCUAUAGACUACUUUUAUUGUUACACUUUACAAAUUGCCAGUAAAUUCUUACUGAUUCAAGUCAGUUGUCUUGUGAUUGAUAUCUAUAUUACAAUGUGAAUGUACAUAAUGCUUACAAGAACUUAGUUAAACCAGCUGGAUAUUUUAAUUAGCAUAAGAUCAUAUUUCUUAAAUGUUUAACAAAUAUCUAGUCAUCACUACAUCAAGACAGUCACUGUAAAUAAUUAUCAUAAUACAAUUAGCAUAAAAUAUUGAUAAACGAGUGCAAAUAUCACACAACUGUGCUAAGAAUUCAAAUAUGACCAAAUGUUUGUGAGAAAACAAUAAACACUCAGAAAUUAAUUGCCUUUAAUUUUGUGUUUUCCUACAGAGAUCAAAUAAAUCAAAAGAAUGUGAUGGAACAAUGUGUUAAGUUUUUCAUUUCUCAAACCAUGUUUUGUUUCAUCCGCAUGCCAUCAUACUCCACAAAUUUAAAUUUUCUGUUCUUACUAUGGAACACGAUUUCCAUUGUCCUACUUUGUAACCAUACAUUCAUCUCAUUACAUCCAAAGAAGCAGUAAUUCCAUUAGGAAUUUAC